AUGAUUUUUCUCAAGGAGACCGUUGACCGCGUCAUACAUCUCUAUACAGCUGAUUGUCUUCGUGCUGAUAAGUCCACCAUGGCACAUUCUGUAGAAGUUCGAGUCCCGUUCCUGGACAAGGAAUUUCUGGACGUUGCGAUCUUAACUGCACCGCGUUUCAAGCGUCCACAUGCUAUGAAUGGACGCGACGUGGAGAAGUACAUUCUUCGGAAAGCAUUUGACGCCGAUACAUAUCUUCCGCAUGAGAUACUCUGGAGGCAAAAGGAGCAAUUCUCAGAUGGUGUAGGCUAUUCUUGGAUAGAUGAGUUGAUGGCGUACUGCGAGAAACAGAUAUCUGAUGAAGAGUUUUCCAAAGCAGCUGAGCUAUUUCCUCACAACACACCAGCAAGCAAGGAAGCCUUCUACAUGAGAAAGACAUUCCAUGAGUUGUUCCCUAGUGACAAUGCUGCUAAGACAGUGCGAAGGUGGAUUCCGAAAUGGCAACAGAAUCAGGAUCCAUCAGGUAAAGAAGCUUCUAGCGUAGUCGUCCCCAUUCCAGUAAGCACAUGUCGGGCAAUUUUGUAUUUCAAUUGGAGCAGGCCGUUCUCUGUAUAGCG